AUUAUUAUUGCUUUGCAAAACACUAACCAACGAACACAAGGGAAAAAAAAGUACCCACUUUCCCUUCUUCUUCUUCUUCUUCAAUUUGGGUUUUCUCAAAAGUGAAAAGCGAAGUCCGUCACUGCCACAAUCACCACUUAGAUCAGUGAUAUACACACCCAUCUCAGAAACCCCACAAGAACAAAAACUCAGAACUCUUGAGUGAUAGACUUCGAAUGAAAUCCUGUUUUUCAUUAGUGAGAUUCAAUUGAAGUGAAGUGAUUAUUCACUGGAAAACUUAUUUUUCAUACAACUGAAGCUGUUAGAUUUGUUUUAACUACACAAGUUUGUUGGAUCUUUGAGCAUGGCUGGGAAUCAAGAUCAGUUCGAGAUCAAGUUUCGGUUGACUGAUGGUUCUGAUAUUGGCCCCAAAAGUUUUCCUGCAGCUACUAGUAUUGCAACAUUAAAAGAGAGUGUUCUUGCUCAGUGGCCAAAAGACAAGGAGAAUGGCCCAAAGACCAUAAAAGAUGUGAAGUUAAUUAGCGCAGGAAAAAUUUUGGAGAACAACAGAACAGUUGGGGAAUGCCAGAGCCCGUUAUGUGAUACCCCUGAUACUGUUACGACGAUGCAUGUGGUUGUGCAACAUCCUGCUACGGAGAAAGAGAAGAAAGCUGCCAACAAAGCAACACAGAACAAAUGCAUGUGCGUUAUUUUAUAGCAUCCAGAUUGAAUAGCAGAUGCCAUCUGUCUUAGUUGGUUAGGGACACUUCCUUUUUACGUAACCUGCAGCGUCAAAUAUUUCAACACACACAAAUUAUUUGGUUGCAUGCCUGAUUCGUACUACAGAAAGAGUACUGGACUAUUUACUUUAUAAAAAUGGAGUACUUGACUUGGUGAAGAUUGUGAAGCUAGUAGUUCCCUGAUUCCUCUGCGGCGCCAUAUUUCUUGCGCAAUUUCAUAGGAGAUGUUCUUCUGCCGGUCUCAACAUGUAUUAGGUGUUGCCUCAUCAGGCACUUGGUAUAUUUGUUGAUUGAAAUGAACUCUACUAGUUUGCCAUCUUACCCCUCAUAUAUAUUUUUACAAUUCUUCUCUUUCGUGUGCCUGAUACAACAUGCUUAAUUCCAGACAUGUAUGUGUUGAAUAUUUGAAUGUGUUUUAAUUUUCUGGUUGUUUAUAUGGUACCAUUGCUACUCUCACUCUUGUAUAACAGUUGUGGCAAUAGUGGUUUAACAACAUCUCUCACAAAAUGGAGAUUUGAUGCUUGAA